UGUAAAAUAAUUUUAUUUGUAUUUUGUAAUAGUCACAAUGUUAUCAAAAAGAAAAAAAGAAACAUUAUAUAAUCGUAGAAUACAGAUAAAAUUAAAUGCAUCUAUUUAACUGCGAGUGAAAAAAAUACUAGCUCCGCCUCCCGGAAUGACGUCAUCUGCGCGCGUUGAGUUGAGGGAGAGGCAGAAUCACAGCGUGAGAGAGGAGUGAAACGAGAGAAACGUGAACAGCUGAAGCGAGCUCGCGGCCCGCGUCGUGUAUAGCUGUAAAAUUUGAGAAAUUAGAAGUAAAACAAGCAGUUGAAACUUGAUUUAGUUGCUGUAAUAUACUACUGUCCGUACUCAAACCCCCAAUCGCGUUUGGACCAAGGACAGGAAUCGUCUGAAGCACAGAUCUGAUUAGGCUGUAUUUUUUUUUUGGUUCAUAAGUGAUUUUUCCUUCAACUAUAACUACUAUAUUUCUUGGUUGGGUUUUUUUUUUUGUGUGUUCUUUUCCUCUGUUUUUGUUUUUCCAUCUCCUCUGUUCGUGAUCCUGACACCUGACAUUUGGAGUGUGGAGUUCUAGAAGUCCAAAGUAUUCUUGUUUCUGCCAUCUUGGAGGACAUUCGCUGUUGGUGGAAACUGGCGAGCCGCCCGGUUUUAUGGAACCAAUAUUUCGUGUUGCCCAAUUCAUCUGAUUGGUAGGAAAUUUGAGUUUAUAUUUUCCAUCGUCUAUCGGACACAGGAACGACUGGAAGCCAGAGUCAUAUUUAGUUCUAUUUUUCUGGAACUGAGCUACUAAUCAGUGUUAAAACAAAACACUGCAACGGGUGCAUUAUAAACAUUUGAGUUUAUUAAACUGAACUUGAACAUUUCGCAACCAAAGAGGUGACCAAUCAUAUUUGUUUGAUGGACUAGUGAAUCAUUUAGCCGAAUCACUUUGGUAUCUGACAAGAAAUUAUUUUCUGGGUUCAAUUUUCUAGCCGUUUUUUUCCCUAAUUGAAGUGUUUCAAUUAUUACUAUGGUCUUACUUACCUGAGGAGUGCUGAAGUUGUUUAUAUUUACCUUUUACAUUUUGUUUUUGUGAAGAAAACACUUGACAUAGUGUGAAAAGCCUUUAUUUUAUUUUAUUACUUUAUAUUUGGGGAAAUAUACAUUUCAAAGUCCAAAUUUGAGAAUAAUUAGUUUGUUAUUUUAUUUAAUUUAUUUCAUUUCUCACUAAUAUUUACAAUAUAAAUCAUAUAUAUUUUGAUACAAAAAUUCCUGUCUUGUGUCAUCAUUUCCCUUGUCUUGCUGCAAAGUUGGCUCCAGAGCGAACUUAACUUCUGAUAACUUGGUCCAAAGUUGAUAGUAUAAUAUUGUAAUUUCCUUGGUUUCUAUAUCGUGCGGGUUACAGUAAAGUUGGCGAGCCAGCCAGGAGUCUAAUUAUUGCAGCAAGGGUGUCAAACAACAAGAAAAAGGGAAUUCUAUCAGUAGCAAACCGUUUUAAAAAAUUGAGCUGUCAUAAUGGAUGUCGUAAGACGAGAAAAUAUAACUGUAGCGAACUCUCUCAUAGUAAGCGGUCUAACGUUAACUGAGUUAGAUAAUGAGCUGGAAGCAUAUUUGCUGAGAUACGGCUCUAUUCGUCGCAACGUGAUAAUUGAUGACCCAGCAUCAGACUUUCACAAGCUGCUGAUUGUGGAGUUUAAUGAAAACUCUGCGUUUCAAACUUUGCAUCCCCAUUUGCCCCUGACUUUGGGAAGUCUUUCUGAUCCAAGCAUUACCUUUCGGGUACGCGCUUUAGCCGCUGUGUGUGACCCACCUGUCGUUAGCACUGCCACUGAAGGGUACCUUGAGCAAUUGAAGGCCAUAGCCAAAGAGAGUGGAAGGCCUUUCCAAACCGUGUUGCAGGAGGAGUUAGAGAAACUUAAAGAAACUCAUUCAGUAGACCAAACUCUAGCAGAAUCUCAAAAGAUAGAGGUUGCUGACACACAGUCUAGAGAUAACACUCUGAUUUCUGAGUCACCUAAUGUAGCAGAGAUAGACCCCCAAGAUUCCGAAUCCAAAAACCCAACCAAGAAUAGAAUCAUUUAUGUGUCCCCGCCUUUACCCGAAACUACCGCUGAUGAUAACCUUACAACAGUUUUUCCUUCCUCUUCGACAAACAUAAUGGGCGAUGCCCAGGUUCAAAGAAUGGUAGUUGAGCAUGUAGUAAAAACGAGUGAUGCCAUGAUGUCUCAGCAGACAUCCAUUCGUCUUAGGGUCUUUUCAGGGAAGAGUCCCCGCCCCCCUAACGAACCUGAUUAUGACACCUGGCGUGCCAGUGUUGACUAUUUGCUUAAUGACCCAUCUAUUUCAGACCUGCAUAGAACACGUAAAAUCCUGGACAGUCUCUUACCUCCAGCCGCAGAUGUAGUUAAACAUGUGCGUCCCCCAGCCCUUCCUGCUGUCUAUCUUGAGUUGCUGGAGUCCGUUUAUGGUUCUGUUGAAGAUGGAGACGAACUGUUAGCAAAACUAAUGGGUACUUUUCAGAAUCAAAAUGAAAAAUCAUCCGACUAUCUCCAUCGCCUUCAAGUCCUGUUAAGCGCAGUAAUCAGGCGAGGUGGUAUAAAAGAGAGUGAACGUGACCGUUAUCUUUUAAAACAGUUCUGUAGAGGGUGCUGGGAUAGCCGCCUGAUUGUUGAUCUUCAGCUUGAGAAAAAAGAGGGCCAGUUACUUACCUUCGCUGAAUUAACCAUACUAAUUCGAACUCAGGAAGACAAAAAUGCUUCUAAGGAGGAGCGUAUGAGGAAACACUUUGGGAUGACAAAGCCAGCAAAUGUUUACCCAAAGACACGAGCUAUCUCAAACCAAGUAUCAGCUUGUGCAUGCGACGUGUCUAGCACUUAUAGUUCCGAAGCAGGAUCUUUAAAGAAACAAGUCGCAGAAAUUCAAGCUCAAGUCGCCACUUUAAAACAGUCUCCUGAUAAAAAGAGUAUUAAAGGUCAAUCAGAAAGGGCUGAGUUAGUUGCUUUAAAGAGGACUGUUGAAGACCUUUGCGUUCAGGUGGCUGCUGUAAAAGCAUCUGUUGCUGAGGGACUAAAAGGGAACAAUCCAGAGCAAUCAGAAAUUGCCAGAUUGCAGCGACAGGUAGCAGAGCUACAAGCACAAGGUAUUGUACAGAAAGCAUAUCAAGCUCCUCAUAUGCAGAGAUCUCCUGGAACUGAAAUUGGCAGAGCUCUCAAGAAAGAGCCUUUAAGAACUAACAGACCUAGGCCAGGGUACUGUUUUCGAUGCGGAGAUGAUGGGCAUUUGGCAGUCAACUGUGAAAACCCUGCAAAUCCUCCAAAAGUUGAGGAAAAGCGGCUCAAGCUGAGAGAGCAGCAGCAUCAGUGGGAUAUCCUACAUGGAAGACCCGCCCAGUUUUUAAACUAGGUGAGGUCUCUAUAGCGGGGCAUAUGGAGGCCAA